AUGGCGCGAGGAGACGCCCCACAGGACAGCUACCACCUGGUCGGGAUCAGCUUCUUUAUCCUGGGGCUGGGCACUCUCCUUCCCUGGAACUUCUUCAUUACGGCCAUCCCGUACUUCCAGGGGCGGCUGGCAGGGGCCAACAACACCGCUGGGACCCUGGGCACCAACCACACGGGCCCCGCAGACACUUUCAACUUCAACAACUGGGUGACGCUGCUGUCCCAGCUGCCCCUGCUGCUCUUCACGCUCCUCAACUCCUUCCUGUACCAGUGCAUCUCUGAGACGGUGCGGAUUCUGGGCAGCCUGCUGGCCAUCCUGCUGCUUUUUGCCCUGACGGCAGUGUUGGUCAAGGUGGACAUGAGCCCUGGGCCCUUCUUCUCCAUCACCAUGGCCUCUGUCUGGUUCAUCAACUCCUUCUGUGCAGUUCUGCAGGGCAGCCUCUUCGGGCAGCUGGGCACCAUGCCUUCCACCUACAGCACCCUCUUCCUCAGCGGCCAGGGCCUGGCUGGGAUCUUCGCUGCUCUUGCCAUGCUCAUGGCCAUGGCCAGUGGCGUGGAUGCCCAGACCUCCGCCCUGGGGUACUUCGUCACACCCUGCGUGGGCAUCUUCACGUCUAUUGUGUGUUACCUGAGCCUGCCCCACCUGGAGUUCGCACGCUACUACCUAGCCAAGAAACCAUCGCAGGCUCAAGGUCAGGAGCUGGAGACCAAAGCUGAGCUCCUCCAGUCUGAUGAGAAGAACAGUAUUCCCAACAGCCCCCAGAAGGUAGCCCUGACUCUGGACCUUGACGCUGAGAAGGAGCCGGAGCUGGAGCCAGAGGAGAUCCAGAAGCCAGGAAAACCUUCAGUUUUCAUUGUCUUCCAAAAGAUCUGGCUGACGGCGCUGUGCCUUGUGUUGGUCUUCGCAGUCACCCUGUCUGUCUUCCCCGCUAUCACAGCCAUGGUGACCAGCUCCACCAGUCCUGGGAAGUGGAGUCAGUUCUUCAACCCUAUCUGCUGCUUCCUGCUCUUUAACAUCAUGGACUGGGUGGGGCGGAGUCUGACCUCUUACUUCCUAUGGCCGGAUGAGGACAGCCGGCUGCUGCCCCUGCUCGUCUGCCUGCGCGUCCUAUUCGUGCCUCUCUUCAUGCUGUGCCACGUGCCCGAGAGGUCCCGGCUGCCCGUCCUCUUCCCGCAGGAUGCCUACUUCAUCACUUUCAUGCUGCUCUUUGCGGUGUCCAACGGUUACCUGAUGUCCCUUACCAUGUGCCUGGCGCCCAGGCAGGUGCUGCCACACGAGAGGGAGGUGGCCGGCACCCUCAUGACCUUCUUCCUGGCCCUGGGGCUCUCCUGUGGAGCCGCCCUCUCCUUCCUCUUCAAGGCGUUGCUCUGAAUGCUCCGUUCCGGGCUCGCCCACGGCUCUCUCUUCGCUACCCCUUCGGAGCUGAGACCCCCGUGCAGGGGGAAUGGCGAGCCGGGCCCAAGCCUCUGCUGGGCUGGUGCCCCUCGGUCUGGAAGUGCCACUUGGAAGUGGGCGCUGCUCUCCUUCCCGGGCUGGUGUCCAUGUGGGGGCUGCGAGGAAGAAUUCACCAGCGGUCAUUCUAACCCCCCGCCCCCAGCAGUGGAGCUGAAUCACAGAGACAGACUAUUCAGAGGCACACAAGACCUCUCUGCACAGGUGCCGAUCAGGGAAAGAGGGCCAAGGACCAUGGCCCUUCCUCACCAUCAAGAGUACAUUUGUUAAUCUCAAGACACGCACUUGCUGAUCUGUGGCAACUGGAGGCCACCAGCGGGGUCUUGCCACAGGCGUGGCUGCUGGGGCCCAGCCCGGGGUUCA